AAGCCUCUUGUACCGACGUCCAGCGUCAGCAGCCGUCUUCGGAGCCUCGUGUCUCAUUUUUCCACCACCACUUCUCCCACUCCUGCCGCCAGCAUACACACCACCACCACCACCACCAUGUCGACGACAAAGGGGGAAGACGGAUCAAAGUAUUUUCGCUUGCCACGCAACGUGCUUCCUUCGCACUAUGACAUUCUCAUUCUCUCGGACCUCGAGGCGCUCACGUUCAGCGGCCUGGUCGCCAUCGAUGUCGAUGUGCACGAAGACACGGACAAGCUGAUUCUCAACGUGGGCAAUAAGCUGGGCCUCGGAAAGGCAAUCGUGGCCAGCGAGGCGCUCAAGACGGAGAGCAAGAGCGUGCUCUCGCUCGACGUCGACACCAAGCAUGAACGCGCUACGGCCAAGCUGGCUUCCAAGCUCCCCAAGGGCAGCAAGGCGACGAUCACUUGCGCCUUUGAGGGCGUCCUCGACGACUCCAUGAUGGGCUACUAUCGAUCCUCGUGGGAGCAUGAGGGCAAGAGCGGCUAUUACGGUCUGACUCAGUUCGAGCCUACGGCUGCCCGUCGCGCCUUUCCCGGCUUUGACGAACCUGAGAUGAAGGCCACCUACUCCUUUCGCAUGAUUCACCGCAAGGACACCGUCGCACUGGCCAACAUGCCCGAGACGAGCGUCAAGGACAUUUCCUUUGCCGACGCCCUAAAGCUUCUCCGUCACAAGGAGCUCGAGGUACAGGCGCCCAAGGCUGAAGGAAAGACAGAGGGCAAGACGGAGGGCAAGACGGAAGGAAAGAUGGAGGGGAAAACCGAGGGAAAGACGGAGUCGAGCAAUGCCUCGUCUGACGCUUGGUCCAUCUCGACAUUCGACAAGACGCCGCUGCUGUCGAGCUACCUUGUUGCAUGGGCCAACGGGCCUUUCCAAAAGGUCGAGACGAGCUACAAGUCGUCGGACGGAAGGACCGUGCCCCUGCGUGUCUACUCGACCAAGGAGUACGCUCACCAGCUCGAGCUGACUCUCGAAGUGACCAAGAAGAUCCUACCCGUGUACGAGGAGAUUUUCGAGCACCCAUUCAUGAUGCCAAAGUGCGACACCCUGGUUGCGUCAGCCUUCGAUGCAGGGGCCAUGGAGAACGCUGGAUUGAUCACAGGACGGACGAGCAUCUACCUCUUUGACCCCAAGAAGUCUGGUCUGAAGAGCAAGAAGAGGACGACGUCAGUGCAGAGCCACGAGGUGGCCCAUCAGUGGUUUGGCAACCUGGCGACGCUUGCCUGGUGGACGCAGCUGUGGCUCAACGAGUCGUUUGCCACGCUUAUGGGCGAGGUCAUCAUUCUGGACAAGUGCUACCCGGAGUGGAACAGCGCGUCAGAGUUCAUCGUCAUGCACCUCAACCGUGCCCUCUCUCUCGACGCCCGGCGAUCGAGCCACCCGAUCGAGGUACCGCUCGAGGGCGACGACGUCGAGUCAGCCAUCAAUCAGAUCUUUGAUGCUAUCUCCUAUUCCAAGGGCGCCUCGGUCCUCAGGAUGCUGUCCGAGAUGCUGGGCCAGGAUGUGUUCCUCAAGGGCGUGGCAAACUACAUUCGCAAGCACAAGUUCGCAAACGCCGAGACGAAGGACCUCUGGUCGGGCAUCAGCGAGGUGUAUGGCAAAGAUGUGACAAAAAUGAUGGACAGCUGGGUGCUCAAGCAAGGCUUCCCCGUCAUCACGGUGACGGAAAACCAAGACUCGAUCACGGUGCGACAGAACCGGUUCCUCAUGGACCUCAAGCCCGAGGAGGAUGAGACGCUGUGGUAUGUGCCCCUGAUGCUCAAGACGGCUGACGGCAAAAUCGACCGCGACCUCGUGCUCGACGGAAAGCGGGAGCUCGAGAUUCCCAUCAAGGACGCCAAGAACUCCAACUGGAAGCUCAACAGCGGCACCAUUGGAGUCUACCGCGUGGCCUACUCUCCCGACCGUCUGACCAAGCUCGGUGCCGACGCGGCCAAGAAGGAGAGCCUGUACAGCCUCGAGGACCGCGUUGGCCUCAUUGGCGAUGCAUUCACCCUCGCAAAGUACGGCUACGGCGAGACGUCCGGCGCCCUGUCGCUGAUGAAGGCCCUCGCUGGCGACGAGUCGUACCUCGUCAACAGUGCUGCUGCCGGCAACGUCGGCGAGCUCAGCAGCACCUGGUUCGAGGAGCCCGAAGAUGUUCGCGCGGCCAUCAAGAAGUUCCGCCGCGACUUCUUCGGCCCCUUGGCCAAGAAGGUCGGCUUUGAGUACAAGGAUGGCGAGGACUCGGAGACGUCGGAGCUCCGAUCGACCGUCAUCGGGGCCGCUGCGGCUGCCGACGACGAAUGGGUGCUGGGCCAGAUGAAGAAGAAUUUCCAGCCGCUGAUGGACAGCGGCGACGACUCUCACGUCCACCCCGACCUGCUCCAGACGACAUUUAUCCACGUCGUUCGCACCGGUGGCGAAAAGGAAUACGAGACGCUGUUCAAGGUGUACGACAACCCGCCCACACCGAUCCACAAGAUUGCCGCCAUGAUGGGCAUGGGCUUCGCUCAGGACGAAAAGCUCCUCACCAAGACCGUCGACUUCAUGUUCACAAAGGUCAAGGAGCAGGAUAUGAUGUAGUGAGUGCUGCUGCUGCUGCUGCUGCUGCUGCUGCGCAAGUUCUUUUGUGGUUCUCUGGCUGGCUCAUCGAAGAGACUUUUCACCCUUUAGCCUCUUCAACUCCCUCUCUGCCAACCCGGCCGCGCGUCGAAUGUUGUGGCAGACGACCAAGGAGCACUACGAUGAGCUUCUCCGCCGGUUCAGCGGCAACUUCACCCUCUCGAGGUUGCUCGAGUACAGCUUCUCCUCGUUUGCAAGCCAGAAGGACUACGACGAUGUCGUCGCCUUUUUCGCCGACAAGGACAGGAGCAAGUACGCAAUGGCCUACAGCCAAGGGCUGGACAACGUCAAGAUGCAGGCCUCGUGGCUGGAGCGCAAUCGCGACGAUGUCAAGAGCUUCCUUGUCAAGGAAGGUUACCUCGCCUGAGUGUCGUAUUGCUUUGUAGCAGAUGCGUGACCGUUUGGAAUACAUCAUUAUCGAGAG